AACACGUUCGUCUAUGAAAAUGCAAAACCUCCAGGUGUUUUAGUACUUUCAUGACAUCUAUACAAAAUAAAAGUCCUACUAAUACAAAGAUAAAAGUAACCUAACAAACUUGAUUUGGUGAAUGAGAGUUGAUUCAUAUACAAUGUGUGAGUUUGAUUGAGAAGAGCUUCAGCUAAGGAGGGAAAUUUACCAACCAAGUCUUUGUCUGUUUCUUCUCUUCUUGUUUUUGUUUCUAUUCUUGUUCUUCUGCAAUGGCAAAAGAUGGGAUGUUUAAUUUGAUUGAGAGAAAAAACUUAUUAGUUGAUAAAAGUUGGAAUGAAUCAAAAAAGAUGUGGCAUAUAGCAGGACCUGCAAUCCUUGCAGGAGUUUGUCAAUUCUCAAUAGGGCUUGUUACUGUUGCUUUUGUUGGUCACUUGGGUGAUACUGAACUUGCUGCUGUCUCUGUUGUUCAGAAUGUCAUUGAAGGUUUUGUUUUUGGAUUCAUGCUAGGGAUGGGAAGUGCCUUGGAGACGCUUUGUGGUCAAGCAGUUGGUGCAGGUCAAUUUAACAUGCUUGGAGUAUAUCUGCAAAGAUCGUGUAUAAUUACUGCUGUGACGGCAUUGAUUCUUGUACCAUUUUAUGUCUUUGCUUCUCCAAUACUAAAGUCCCUUCAUCAGGGCAAAGAGAUCUCUGAACUUUCAGGGAAAUUUGCAAGAUGGGUGAUCCCUCAGUUAUUUGCAUACGCCAUCAAUUUUCCAAUUCAGAAGUUUCUGCAGUCCCAAGGCAAGGUUUGGGUGAUGACCAUAAUAUCUAUGAUUGUCUUAGCCUUUCAUGCUUUGAUGAAUUGGGUAGUGGUUGUGAAGCUUGGUUAUGGCUUGCUGGGGGCUGCAGUAGUAGGAGACAUUUCAUGGUGGCUUCUUAUCUUGGCCCAGAUAAUCUAUGUAGUUUCUGGAUACUUCCCAGAUGCAUGGACAGGUUUUUCCUCGCUAGCAUUCAAAAAUUUGUAUGGGUUUGUCAAACUUUCACUCGCCUCAGCCGUAAUGUUGUGCUUAGAAAUGUGGUAUUUCACAGCAAUCAUUAUUCUUGUGGGAUGUUUAAAAAAUCCAGAGAUAGCUGUAGAUGCUAUGUCAAUCUGUAUGAACUUGGAAUUAUGGGCAGUGAUGGUAGCUUUAGGUUUCAACGCAGCUGUCAGUGUUCGUGUUUCGAAUGAACUUGGAGCAGGAAAUCCUAAAGCGGCAAAAUUUUCAGUAGGGGUAGCUGUUUGCACAGCAGCUCUUUUUGGGAUUGUUUUCAUGAUUGCUGUUCUUGCCACAAAAGAUAACUUCCCUAAAUUGUUUACGACAGAACCCAUAGUUGUGCACAAGACAUCUAAGCUUGGGUAUUUUCUUGCGGCUACUAUUCUUGCCAGCAGCGUCCAACCUGUUCUUCAUGGGGUAGCAGUAGGUGCAGGGUGGCAAUCCAUGGUUGCCUUCAUAAACGUAGUAUGUUAUUACGUGUUUGGGUUGCCUAUUGGAGCAAUACUUGGUUACAAAUUCAAUCUCAGAGUUCAAGGUAUCUGGACGGGAAUGAUAGUUGGAUGUUUGCUUCAAACUGCUGUUUUGUUUGUUGUUAUGAUCAAAGCAAACUGGCAAAAAGAGGCGUUACAAGCUGAAGAACGAAUACGAACAUGGGGAGGCAAUGCUGAGUCUCUGACAGAAUUGAUUACAAUUCGGCAAUGAGACCAAUUGUUUUGGAGAACUACUGGGAGUUCCUGAAUAACACAACGCAAGAACUUGCAAUAAAACUAAACAUGGGAUAAGAUUGGCAUGACCUGAGAUAUAAUACAUCUCCCGUGCAACUCGUAGCCUGGGUCCCAAUAUGUUGUUCGUCACCGAUUAAUAACUGAAGAAGCAAAUUUACAAUAUAAUUUUGACAGGAGCCACAUACAAACCUAAUAGGUGCAACUGUGCACAUGGUAUUAGGUUUAUUCUCUUAAGUAAAACUUACUAGACGAUUACGUUACAUGAAUACAUACAAUAAAAUGCACGACACGCUUUAAGAUAAGGAACUACAGUAGGGUUUUCUUGUUUCUAUCCUUCAACUUAAGUCAGAAUUACAACAUCUUAUUACUGGUUUGUAAUUAUUGCUUUCUCAGCUUCGACAUA